GUGAAUCCGGCUCCAAGUAUUUUGCAUGUCUCUCCGAUCAGACACCACCGUGUGGAUUAGUUGACACCCGAGCCCUGACGCGCACACCUGUCAGUGCACGGACACACACACACAGACAGCCAAGACAAUGAUGGCGGACUGUGUCGGCUUUCAGGCGCAGAUUGCCUCGAUCAUAGAGAUACUGGCCAACUCUGCGGUGGCGGAGAUCUGUAAACUGGUGGACGAUGGCUUCGCGGCGCUGCGUUCCAAAAUGGAGCAGGAACGCGACAAGAGCGAGAAGGAGAACGACGCGCUGCGGCAAAAGCUGCGAUACAUGGACGUGAAAAUGAGGAGCUAUCAGAGGAAGAUGAGGAGGCGAAUUCAGCGGGAGGAGGUCAGGCCACCCGAAGGACCUGAUGACCAUCAGCCUCUGGUGUCUCUUCAUCCCUCCUCAGAAGAAAAAUCCUUUCAUCACAUUUCAGAGCAGGGUGAAACCAAGGUGAUGGCUCUGGUGAAGCAGGAGAAAGUGGAAAGAGACAACUGCAACCUGGACCUCAAGGUGGAGGUGAACAUAAGGGCAGAGAGUGGCCUAUCAAAUGCUCUGGAGCCCAAUGAAGAGAUCCUCCAUGGUAAUGUUAGUGACACAAGUGUCUUCACCCCUUCUACCCCCUCCACCAACCAACCCUCUUCCUCUCCUACUGACUCCACAGUGGAUCUGACCUGCCAACCACGAGCCAAAGGUAAAGCCAUCGAGGUCCUGGGAAACAGUUUGGCAGGCAGCAGUGGGGGCCUCCUGGGUCCUGAAGCUGUUCGCAGGGAACUUGGAGUGAGCCUUACAGAUGGUCCUCUGAAAACAGAGAUCCAGACAGAUGAUUGCAUGGAAGAAGGACUUCAUCUCUCUCAGCUGUCAGCCCCUGUAGCAUCAGAUGAGCCCAGCCCCGACCGCCUCCACAGCCUGGGCCUUGACCUGGUCUGGAUGCAGGAGAGGGUCAGCCAUCUUGGUGCAGCUUAUGCGGUAGCACAGUUGGGUUUGGGUAACACAGAAACUGGACACCCCUCUGCCUCCUUUCCCUCACAGGGAGGUGGAGACAUUUUAGAUUGCCCUCCAACUAUGCUUUUCACAGGUGGAGCUCAUGAAAUGGCUGCCUUUGCUGCUUCUUUUGACAUGGCAGCUGCGGCCACCACUGCUGCCGCUGUUGUCACUGCACCAGCUCCACCCCCUCCCCCUUCAGCUCCUUCUGCCAUAACGACCAGCCAGAGGCGGCCUUAUAAGAGCAGAGUUACCUCUUCAAAAGAGCCUGUGUCUUGUGCAUUUUGUGGUCGUCUUUUCCCAAGUGCAGCUGCCCUGGAGCUGCACCAGCGGGUGCACACAGGGGACAGACCCUACACUUGCCCCCACUGUGGAAAGGGCUUCGCCCAGCCCAACAACCUGCGGGUCCACCUCCUCAUCCACACCGGGGAGAGGCGUUAUCGAUGCACACUUUGCGGGAAGAGUUUCAUCUCAUCCAGCCACCUGAAGAGGCACCGCACAGUCCACACGCAGGAGAAGCCCUACAGCUGCUCGCGCUGUGGACAGUCCUUCAGCCAGAUGUGUAGUGUUCGCAGACACCGGCAGCAGUCCCAGUGUGGACUGUAGACUGACCCCCGGAUGAGGUGGAUCCAAUCUUAAAUUGAUCCCCACCUGAAGGGUUAUUCGCUCAAAUUCCUUUUAUAUGGGAAUUCAUGCAUCUUCUCUAAGCAUGAGCAAACAAGAGAAGGUUGUAUCCUGUGAUAUCAUGACGUAUAUUUUUCCUAAACCAUAGAAGUCAUACAGUGGGGCAAAAAAGUAUUAAG